AUGAAAAUAUACCAAACCGCACAUUCCCACUGUAUAAAUCCGCCUUCUUCAGCUUCUGGACCGCCGCCGGUACAGCGCUUAGAGAAACUUACGAGCCUUCACCGAAAUGCCGACAUCGAGGACAUCAAACAUAUAUGCGUAGCUCGUACUACGAAAAGGAGGCGGCGGGCUAGUGAGGGGCCAGGACGAAUGAAGAUGGAAGGAAGGGCGGGCAAUACGAGUAAGAAGGGAACUCUAAGCAGUGCCGGUAGGUCAUCAAGUACAGUGCAAGAAUGCGUUAGAAAUAGGGUAUAG